AUGAAAUUCACCUCACUGGCCUUCACCGUCGCCGCCAUGCUGGCACUUGGCUCUGCCGCACCUGCAAGGAAUGGGCCGAGCAAGGCCCAGAUUCAAGAUGACCUGCAGGCUAUCGCAGACGUCGAAGGCACAGACGUUGACCCCAAUUUGCCCAACGGGACCAUACUUGUGGACAAUGGCCAGGGACGAUCUGAUACCGCAGGUUUCGGCGAGAUGAAUUGA